AUGUAGACUGCUUCUACAAACAUUUGUGAAAGACUGUGCAAUAAGUCCAUCCGUGAAAUUUUCUUGCUAUUAAAUAUUCCACGGCCAACUGUUAGUGGUACUAUAAGAAAGUGGAAGCAACUGGGAACAACAGCAACUCAACCACGAAGUGGUGGGCCACAUAAAAUGACAGAGCGGUGUCAGUGCAUGCUAAAGCGCACAGUGUGCAGGAGUCGCCAACUGUCUUCAGAGUCAAUAGCUAAAGACCUCCAAACUUCAUGUGGCCUUCAGAUUAACACAACUGUGCAUAGAGAGCUUCAUGGAAUGGGUUCCAUGGCCGAGGAGCUGCAUCCAAGCCUUACAUCAAGUUCAAUGACAAUAUUAGAUGCAGUGGUAUAAGGCAGGCCGCCACUGGGCUCGAG